AUGGCCGAGCAGGCGGGCGUCGCCCCCAGCGCACAAAGCGUGGGCGAGAGCUUAAUGGCAAAGCUCGCGCAGCUUCAGCGCGUCGACGCGGUCUCGCGGCUGCUGCGGCCGCACUACCCGGACGACAGCGUGUGCGGGCCGCUGGCGAGCGCUGUGGUGGCCGAGGUGGGCAGAGCUCGGACCUUUGACCGGUUCGCCUGCCGCCUCGUCGACGCGGACGGUCCCAGCGCCAGCCUCGCUGAACUCCCCCUGCGCGUGCUCCACCGCCUCUUCCUCGCCGCGCGCAGCGGCCCGCCUGCCGCCGCACCGCCUGGCGUGGAUGCGCCCGUCGUCUCGUUCGACUCACUGCGCCGCGCGCGGACGACCCUCGACGACUUUAGCAAGUUCUACCUGCCGCUGCACGGGCUGGCGCAGGUCGACUUCUUCCGCUGGCUGCCGCAGCUCACGUUUGUCGAGGCGGCCAUCUACCAGCUCGACCAGGACAAUGAGGAGCUCGCGCGGAGGGGAAGGCGAGAGGCGGAGGCGGCUGGCCCGACGGAGGCGGCGCUGCGCGCCGUGCUCGAGGGCGAGGGGCUGCUGCUGCCCGAGGUGGAGGCGGAGCUCGCCGCCGGGAGAGAGUACUGGGCGCUCGAGCGGCGGCUGUGUGCGGCGAUGCUGCGGCGACCGGUCGGCUCGGAGGAGGACAGGCGAGAGCCGGUCGGGUGGGGGGAGGUGCUGGAGGCGAGCUCGCUCAAGAGCUUCGACUACAGACUGCGCGCGUUUCUGCGCGUGGACGAGGUGCUCACCGACGUGGCAGACGACCUGUUCGAUUACGAGAAGGACGUCGCCCAAAACUCGUUCAACGUGCUGCGCGGCGCGGUGCACGCCUUCGGCGAGGAGGCGCCGCUGCGGCUCGCCGCCGAGAUUGGCCGGCUGGAGCGGGAGCACGAGGCGGCGCUGCAGGCGCUGCCGGAGGGGCAGCGCGCCGCGUAUUGCCGCUGCCGCGCCGACGCGAUGGCGCGCCGGCCGCGGAGCGGCAAGUGGGUCUUCCCGAGAGUGCUGCUGCCGGCGCAGGAGGAGGCCCACCGUGCCGCGCUGCUGCGGGGCGGCGGGUUGGAGGGCGGCGGCGGGUCGGACUCCGACUCUCCGUCGAGCUAG